GAGGAGGAGGAGGUGGAGGAGGAGGAGAGGCAGCAGGAAACCCAGCCCACCCUUUGGCUUCCUCCUGCCUCCUUCUAAAACCUGCAGACUCCUCCAGCCCAUCCAAGCGCCUGAAGUUCCCUCAGCCCCGCUGCUGGACUGCGAGGGUCUGCUGAAAGAUGAGGGCCUGGAUCUUUUUCCUUCUCUGCCUGGCAGGCAAAGCCCUGGCAGCUCCGCAAGAGGCUCUGCCCGAUGAGACAGAGGUCAUUGAAGAUCCCACCACAGAGGAGCCUGUGGGGGCCAACCCCGUCCAGGUGGAGGUGGGAGAGUUUGAGGAACCCACAGAGGAUGUAGAGGAGAUUGUCGCAGAGAAUCCCUGCCAGAACCACCACUGCAAGCAUGGCAAGGUGUGCGAGGUGGAUGACAACAACUCGCCCAUGUGUGUGUGCCAGGACCCCUCCAGCUGCCCAGCCACUGCUGGUGUCUUCGAGAAGGUCUGUGGCACUGACAACAAGACCUAUGACUCCUCCUGCCAUUUCUUUGCCACCAAGUGCACCUUGGAGGGAACCAAGAAGGGACACAAACUGCACCUGGACUACAUCGGGCCUUGCAAAUUCAUCCCUGCCUGCCUGGACACAGAGCUGACUGAGUUCCCCCUGCGCAUGCGGGACUGGCUCAAGAACGUGCUGAUCACCCUGUACGAGCGCGAUGAGGACAACAACCUGCUGACCGAGAAGCAGAAGCUCAAGGUGAAGAAGAUCCAUGAGAAUGAGAAGCGCCUGGAGGCUGGAGACCACACCGUGGAGCUGCUGGCCCGUGACUUCGAGAAGAACUACAACAUGUACAUCUUCCCCGUGCACUGGCAGUUUGGGCAGCUGGACCAGCACCCCAUUGAUGGGUACCUGUCCCACACUGAGCUGGCCCCUCUCCGUGCUCCCCUCAUCCCCAUGGAGCACUGCACCACUCGCUUCUUCGAGGCUUGCGACCUGGACAACGACAAGUACAUUGCCCUGGAGGAGUGGGCCAGCUGCUUCGGCAUUAAGGAGCAGGACAUUGACAAGGAUCUUGUGAUCUAAACCCCCAGCUUCCUUCUCUGCUGCCAACUUUGUCUAUUUUAACCUUCCCACUUCCUUUGGUUUUUAAACAGCUUUUGUUUUGUUUUUCCCUGGGAACAAGGUGCUAAUAUAGACCUAAACAUAUGUAGGAAUGGUGCUAAGAGAAAUAACAGCCCUCAUUCAUAGCCUAAUCUAUUACCACUAGAUUACUCACUCGGCUGUUUCCACAAGCUUCCACCAGCUCUUUCUCUCUCUGACAUGUCUUUACCAUUGACUGACCCUGUUCCUGUCCUAAAUAUCCUCUCUGUCUCAGUAUCCGCUCUCAGAUCGACUUCUCUUAACAACUUACUAACAGCACGUUCUUGGACACCUCCGCAUUAGACACAAAGACCUCUCAGCUGAUUCACAGCCCAAUAUUGACCACCAGCAAGGGAAAGCAGAGCAAGGGAAGGCAGAGGAUGUAGGAGGAUUGGGCAUUUCGAGCAGAGCAGCUGUGGGUGACACUGUGGUCACCCAGCUCGUGGUAGGGGAUGGAGAGGGAUGAGAAAGAUACAGAGCGGUAGGAUUUUGUUGCCCCCCUGCCCCAUUCCCAGGGCUUGAAUUGAACAAUCAUUGGGCACAAAAAGAAGGGCUAAUCAACCAAAUGGGUAGGAAAGCGCACAAAAUUUAGAACCAAUAAGAUGAAAUGCAUCCCACCCUGUAAAAUCCUCUCCACCAAUAAAGGUUUGAAAGUGCCAUGUGCUUUACCAUUA